UCUUCCUGCAAAAGCGAGCAAACCCGCAUCCAUCCGUGAGCGCAAAGGAAGAGGAGAGGAAGAAGAGGAGGAGGAACCAGAGGAAGAGGAGGGGGAGCAUUGCAACGUUCAUUCGAGCUCCUUUUUUCUUUUUUCUUCUUCUUCUUCCCAAUACAUGGCGCAAGGGCUACUACACAAGCGGGACUGUCCUGGGUGUGAUCCCGCCGCGGUGAAUUUGGAUACCGGAGCAGCGGCGGCUUCAUCAUCAUCAUCAGCAGCAGCAGCAGCGGCAUCAUCUUCCUCCUCCUCCUCCUCCAUCGGCGCCCACUCUGACUCCCCGUCCUCCUGGCUCUUCUGUCGGCUUUAUGUCGAGUGAUGGUCGGCUUGCCUUGCCGGAUGCGCCCCGCUCUCUCCGGAUCGUCGACGGCCGAGCCUCCUCUGACCGCAGACCCCCAUUUUCGGCGGAAACCUGCCCAGAGCUCUAAGGCUCCAUAUGGAAACUGGAGACCAAAAUUUUAGAAAAAAGGAAAAUCUGAGCGGUUAAUUAUUAUUUAUUUUUUUAUUUUUUUAUUAUUUCCCCCCUCCCUCACUCCAUUCUUAUUAUUUCUGGUAUUUUCUGUUUUCCUGGCCUGUCGAUGAAUUAGUUCAUCUUUGAUUUGCUCAUUUCCAUCGUGUUGAUUUGACAGAUUGUUCCUGGGAAGAGGACUUGAAUUGUUUACUCUCUUCUGUUAAAACGAGAGAAAUGCCUUCCGUCAUUCAUUUAUGACCCACUAACCAACCCUCUAGAAUAUAAUAAUUAUUAGUGAUAUUAGCUAACAGUGAAGUGAUGCUGAUCUCAUGUGAAUCCCGCUCCAGGUUUGUUUUCAGCCUCUUCAGGCUUCAACUGUAACUCCGUGUUUUUAUCCACAUUUGCAGCUUUUCUCGCUGCAAGUGGGGGCUUCCUCUGCAGCUCCAGGCCGAGGCAUUUUCCGCUUCCUGCUAGAGGAACAAGUGAAACCCACAGAAGAGGAAGAGACGUCCCUGCCUCUUCCUCUGCAUAAACUCUAAAUUUAGUGGUCUAUUUUUCUCUUUUGGAGGUCCUCACCCAACGCAACCAUAAGGUUCCUACCGCAUCCUCCUCCUCCUUCCUCCCUCUCCUUCCGCUCGAGUCUCGCCCGGUUUUUCGGCUUGGUUUGGUCCCGCAAAUUUUCAAAUAUUUACUUCCUGUACAUCAAGAGGAAAGGGGGUCCCCCUUUCAUGGAAUGCGGAAACAUGGGUCUGUUCGACCGCGGAGUCCAGAUGCUGCUGACCACGGUGGGCGCCUUCGCGGCCUUCAGCCUCAUGACCAUCGCGGUCGGCACGGACUACUGGCUGUACUCCCGCGGCGUCUGCAGGACCAAGUCGAUGAGCGAGAACGAGACGAGCAAGAAGAACGAGGAGGUGAUGACCCACUCGGGCCUGUGGAGGACCUGCUGCCUGGAAGGAAACUUCAAAGGAAUGUGUAAACAGAUAGACCAUUUUCCCGAGGAAACGGAUUACGAAGCGGAUCCAUCAGAGUACUUCUUACGUGCGGUUCGAGCCUCUAGCAUCUUCCCCAUCCUCAGCGUUAUCCUACUAUUCAUGGGAGGCCUGUGCAUAGCUGCCAGUGAGUUCUACAAGUCACGCCACAACAUCAUCCUCAGUGCAGGGAUCUUCUUUGUGUCUGCAGGUCUGAGCAACAUUAUCGGGAUUAUCGUGUACAUAUCAGCCAAUGCGGGGGACCCUUCAAAAAGCGACUCAAAGAAGAACAGUUAUUCAUACGGCUGGUCCUUCUACUUUAGUGCCCUUUCCUUUAUAAUUGCUGAGAUGGUUGGCGUCUUGGCCGUGCACAUGUUCAUCGACCGCCAUCGACAGCUGCGAAUAGGGGCGCGCGCCGCCGACUACCUCCAAGGCUCGGCCAUAACACGGAUCCCCAGCUACCGCUACCGCUACCGGCGCCGCUCGCGCUCCUCUUCCCGCUCCACAGAUCCGUCGCAUUCCCGCGACGCCUCGCCCGUGGGUCUCAAGGGCUUCAGCGCGCUGCCGUCCACGGAGAUCUCCAUGUACACGCUCCCCCGGGACACCCUCAAGUCGUCUGGCACGCCCACGGCCACCUACAACUCCGAGAGGGACCACAACUUCCUCCAGGUCCACAACUGCAUCCAGAAGGACCUGAAAGACUCGAGCCACACCAACACAGCGAACCGCCGCACCACGCCGGUAUGAGAGUCCGAACAGGCCCGGCGACCCUGGAGACACGGGAAAGCCCUGUGUGCGCGGUAUGCCCCCCCGGAGGAGUUGGAUUUCCAUGUUUAUAGACAUUUUGUUUUGGUUUUUAUUUAUUUUUGUUGAAAUGCAUGACUUCCAUAGCCAUUGUUGAGAGUUUCAACUGGACUUGUCCCGAGUAAGUGAAGAUCUGUCAUACUUUUGGACAGGUUUGUUUUAUUUAUUUAUUUUUUUUUUUUUUUUUUUGACGAUUCGGGGAACCAAAAAUCGGGGUGGGAAGGGGCAUCUACGAGAUAAUCAGUUCCAUGAUUUCAUUGCCCUUGAGUUCGUUUGGAGCAAAAGGUCAAGCUCCCCCUCAGCCAGCUUACCGCUUAGCUACAUGCGCCCUUUUUUAUAUUUAUUGACUCAUCUGUUAAUUUUUUUGCAUUAAAACUGUGAAUUGUUACAGCUUGGGAUUCAGUAAGAAGUACCCCAAUCUGUAAUCUCUAACAAAGGUACUAUAUAUAUAUAUAAAUAUAUGUAUUACUUUUAUAAAUAAAUUAUUACAUUAAUAAUCGAGCGAUAACAGACUUUACCGAAGCAAAAAACAAAAAAAAAGUGAAAAAAUUCAACCAAGUGCUGUUGAUAAUACAAGAAAAGACUUUUCUAUCUCUUCAAUUGAAGGUCAAGAACAAGCGAAGGUCCUUUAGGUACCAGAAGCAGACGCAGGCAUUCAACAGUAGAGUAUUAUAUAUUCUUUUAAUAGAACCUUCUCGUCUUUUUCUCCGUCUCUGUUCUCUUUCUUUUUCGGGGGGCGUUGGUGUUAAACCUUAAACCCCUAUCAGAAAGAGCCAAGAAAAUGAGUCAAUAGCUGUGAUUCCAUUGACCAUACAAUAGCACAAUUUGAAUUAGAAAUAAAUACGCUAUUUUGAAAAAACACAUUCAUAAACGUUUUUGCACUAGGAUGAUGUGUUUUUUUCCCCAGGGAUAUAAAAUUGUUUUAUUUUGCAAAACUGCAAUAGAAACAUAUUUUUGCAUCACACAAGUCACGUGAUCAACAACCGAUGUUACUACUGGCAAAAACCACGAAGAAGACAAAGACAGGAAGUAGAUGGAAGAUGAUGAGGCGGCAUAUUUUAUAAUGACCUAUUGUGUGAAUAAACUUAUUUACAUGUGAUUUUAAUUGCAUUUCCUCGUUAAUGGAAAUAGCACAUUGGCAAAAUUGUUUUUUUUUUACAUCAGUGGAAUACUGAAAGGUUUUGCACACUAGUGAUAGAAACUGACAUAAAACUGCACAAAUUGGAAUUACAGAAAUAAACAGGUGUCAUGUCAAUUGUGUUUUGUAGAAACACAGCAAUUUUUUGACAUUUGCGAAAUAUCGACACCGAUAUUCCAUUUGUAAUGGAAACGCAGCUACCGACUCCAAAACACGACUUCUGCAAAAAAAAAAAAAGGAAGGACCAGAGGGGAAGAAAAAGAAGAGGACGCCAGACAUAAAAACAAAAACAAGUUUAAUAUGAAAUAGAACAAGAAAAGCUAAGAGACUCACAAUUUCAGAAAUUAAUUGCAUGCUAUAAAAUUACAGCAAAUUUGCUCUUGAGAAACUUAAGUUUUAAAGGUUAAUCAUUAUAAGGGGAAAAAAGCAAAGACGCUAGUGUUUAACGUAUUGAUCUUUUUAUGUGUGGUUUUAUUAUAAUUAAUUUUUAUUACUAUUAUUUAGCGUAUUUUUUUCUCAUUCCAUUUGUCAAACAAGCCAAACAAUUUACAUUGAACAAAACGGCUUUUUUAAAACAGUUUGGUUGGUUUCUUUAUAAAUAUAUAAAUAAAAGUAUGUAUGUAUUUCUGUUUUAUUUUUAAAACUCACACAGCCUUAGACAUUUCUUUGUUUUUGUUCAUUUUUAAUGUGCUGUUCAAAUUGAAAAUGAAAUCUUUAAAAGGUGCCAAAAACCGAAUGAUCCUAUACUUGGAUGCAUCAAGUCCUGAUGAAUAAAAAAACGAACCCAAGGGGGAACAAAUCA